AUGUCUCUUGGUCCUGUGCCUUCCAAGCUGACUCUCUUGUCAUCUCUGCCAUCUUGUGGGUUUGGCGACAAGGUUCGUUUCCUAGGAUGCGUGGCCUCAUACUCGAUUGCAUCCGGGACAUUGAUUCUACAAUACAGCUAUCCCAAGUGCCCUGAAGUCAAGGCAUCGGUGGACGUUCGUCUGGUCCUGGAGAAGCUCACCAGCGAGCAGACAUCAGUCGGCCAGUGGGUGAAUGUGAUUGGUUACAUUGCUUCAGCACCGCCGGACUCCUCAAAAAAGCAUUCCAAACGCAAGAGGGAAGUCCCCACUGUCCAAGUGCAGGCCCUUAUGCUAUGGUCUGCCGGGCCUUUGGACGUCGGACGGUAUGAAACCUGCCUGGGCGACAUGGCAACGGCAAGCGAACCUCAGGCGAAGCGUCAGAAGCCAAGGUCGGCUUAA